AUGGCGACAACAACAACAACCACGACCACCGCCACCUCCUCUGCGGGGGUGGAUCUGGCCGACGUCGACCUUAUCGUCAACCCCACUCUCGCAAAGAGGCCAAACAAGGGCCGGAUGACGUCCACCUGGCACACGCGGCCUUCGCACAAAUGGUCCUUCUUUGAGAAGCAACUCAUCUGGCUCGGGGUAGCGACUCCCGACAAUGCCGAGUCUUCUCGCCCCAAGCCGCCGGUGUACCCUAAGUCCACGCCGGUGCCGGUGUAUCCCGUGUGGAAGAUGCACAAACAAAUCGCCCCCCGCGCCCUCGCCCCGCUUAUCGUGCACCACCUAUUCACGCAGCUUACAGGGAUCGCUGUGCCCAAGUGGAUCGCGACAAUGGCGUAUUUGGCAUACUUUGUCUGGUACGGCACAGGAGUUUUCGCCUGGAACAAUGCGAUGGCAGACAAGUUUGGGACGUUUGAUGGAGCCGCAUUGCGCGAUGGUGUCCCGGACGUCGACACCAUGAGCACCGCUAUUGGCCUGGUGAUGGUUGUCGUCUCGCGUGCCUGCAUCGCGGUCCCUUAUCUGUAUGACCCGGCCCAGCCCGUGCUCGACACGUGGACGCUUCUCAUGCUCCCCGUCAACUGCGCCAUGUUCGCCAUCGCCGUCGACUUCUGGUUCUACUGGUAUCAUCGUAUCAUGCAUGAAGUCCCUGGCAUGUGGCAAUGGCAUCGGAAGCACCAUACCACCAAACAUCCAACAGCAGCCUUGGGAGCCUUUGCGGAUCACGAGCAGGAGUUCUUUGACAUGGUCGGCAUCCCCGUCUUGGCGUGGCUCACGUGGCGCAUCAACUUUGCCACCUGGUGGGUCUCGACGUGCUACAUCCUCUUUAUCGAGGCCAGCGGCCACAGCGGGCUGCGGGGCUACUUCCAGAACCCCACGGUCUGGUGGCUGCGCUACUUUGGUGCUGAACUGUGCCUUGAGGACCACGAUAUCCACCACCGACAGGGCUGGAAGAAGAGCGGCAACUACGGCAAACAGACGCGGCUGUGGGAUAAGCUGUUUGGCACCAUGAAGGACAGGAUCGAGGGGACGUGGGAUAACAUCAACUGGGAUGAUCCCAUGGACGAGCCGCAGCCCGUGCCGCCGGCGACUGUGGAGAGCACGAAGGAGUAG